AUGUGUCAUUUUUGUGAUGUUGAAAUAGGUUUUACUGGUUCAUGUCGACAAACAUUAGCUGAAUUUGAUCUUGAUUUAGAUGUUUAUCUAAUACAUAUAAAAAAUGAAUCAAAAAUGUAUAAACUUCAAGAUUUAUUAUCUAUAACUUUUAUACCUUAUGAUCUUCAAAAAUUUCGUGCAAGUCAUGAUAUUAUAGAAUGA